AUGUCCAAAUCACUCGCAUCGCUCACGUCAUUUGUGCUCCUGGCCGUCCUGGCAUCUCCUGCGCUUGCGCAAACGCCUACGGUCUCCCUGCUCAUUGACCACGGCUACCCGUCUUCGGGCACGCUCAACAUCAAGUCCGUGCUCGCGGACGUUGCCACCCGCAAAGGACAGGCGUUCCACUUCGGCUCGACAUACGACACGUACGACCCAGAUGCUUCCUGGACCUCCAACGUCUUCAGCACUUUCUUCAACCACAUAGUCGCCGAGAACGGCUGCAAAUGGGACGCUACGGAGCCGACGCGCGGCACUAGUUCUCUCUCCGGCUGUAUCGGAGUUCAGACUUUCGCAACCUCGCACAGUGACACCUUCCGUGGUCACAACCUGUUCUGGCACUCUCAGACGCCGUCCUGGCUCCCAGGCAGUGUCAGCGCUAGCGACCUUGUGGACAACGUUAUUCCCCAGCAUGUCAUGCAGGAGGUUACCGGACUCGGUGCCGACGUGACUUCCUGGGACGUUGUUAACGAAAUCGUUGGGGACGGUGUCUCGAACGGCAUGUCUGCACUCCAGUGUGUCCAAAACAAGAACUCCUGGCCCACGAAAACCAGCGACGGGUCGUCUCAGAACCUUGUCACCGACCUCUCCUUUGUCUACGCUGCUUUCUCCAAUGCCUUCAAGUACGCAGGAUCGUCAACGCGUCUUGCCAUCAACGACUACAAUACCGGUGGCAACGACGCCAAGACUGCAUGCGUUCUCGCGGUGCUUAAGGAUGUACAGGCCGAGACGGGUAUCCCAUGGGACCGCCUCGCCAUCGGCUACCAGUCGCACAUAACGGCGUCUCCUGGCCAGUUCGUCAGCAAGAGCGCGCUUUCCAACACCUUCGCUACUCUCGCGACUCUUGGCGCUGAGGCCAUGAUAACGGAGUUGGACGUUAAGCUUUCUUCUGCGACAUCCGCAAACGAGCGCUAUCAGGCCGCGAUCUGGGGCGACUACCUCGACGCCUGUCUCUUUGCCUCGAACUGCAACGAGUUUAUCAACUGGGACCCCCGCGACGACGAGAGUUGGCUCGGUACCUCCUCCGCAGGAACUUUGUUCGAUUCCAGCGGCAACCCCAAGCCCGCAGCCUUUGAAGUCGCUGCCCGCCUUCAGUACUACGCUGCCGGCAACCCCGAGCUCUGCGCUACUGCCCUUGGAACUGGUUCUUGCACCAUCAACGUCACCGGACCCGGAUCUGGCUCUGGCGGGUCUGGCACUAGCUCGGCAUCCGCGCCGGUUACCACACCUACAGGUGGCUCGCCGCCUCCAGCUGGCUGCUCCACGGCCAAGUACGGCCAGUGCGGUGGUAUCGGAUUCUCUGGUUGCACCACCUGCGCUGCAGGUUCUACAUGCCAGGUUGGCAAUGCUUACUACUCGCAAUGCCUGUGA